CUGUCAUACAAAUCUCUACCUUGUUUUCCUAAAAGCAUGGAAAGCACCAUGUUUUUGAUUCUCAAUGAAACAAUAUUCAUCGUAAAAUCAAAAUUUAAUUUGGAUGUAUAAAUGAUACACCAGAACAGCUCAGAUAGUGUGUGUUUUUGAUGAACGUAUAUGUUGUUAGUGUCUUACGAGAAACACGUGUGUUUUGCGAGUGUUUCCUCUGCGAUAGCCACGGUAGUAUGACAGGAGAGGUGGUGUACCGGGUGGAGACUAGCUGGACAUAGCCCUGGAUGUGUGGCAGGGAUACACGUGUUCGCAGGUGUGACAGUGCUCUGGACACUUGAGGUCAUUACAAUAGCUUUCUAAUACUGGCCAGAACUCUAAAUAUCUGACAAUGUGGGAAAACCGAAACUUAAAGUGCAGAACAAUGAGGCGCUCACAGCAUUGUAUUAUCACGGUGCCCUAGACCGACUUACUGGUGUGUGUUCUCUCUCACUUUCACACAAAUUAAAUGUAAGGAAUUGUGUAUUGAUAAAUCGCCCACUUGGUAAUCCAAGCCAAUACUGGCUCCGCGACCGCAACAUUUAUACCUGCAUGGACGACUCACCUCCAUCAUCAACAGGGAGCACGCUGUCAACACCAGUGUAAGAUGAUUGGGAAAGUGUUAAGAAGACUUUUCGGAAACAGGCGGAUUCUAGUGAUAGUUAUAUUCGUUGUCGUCGGUUUUGGAAUACCUUCGCACGCGCGCAUGAAAGUACCAGCGGGUUUGACCCCCUCUACUAAAUCUUCCAACCAGACGGAGGUGAUAGAGAGACUGUCCCGGUUUUUCGGGAUAGAUAGGGUCCCCGCCCGAGUCAUUCACAAAUCCCCUCCCCAGUUUAUGAUCGACUUAUAUGCUAGUAUCACCGAACCGGGAGGGCUCGUCAAACGGGAGAGUCCAUACCGGGCUGACGUCAUCAGGAGCUUCCCCGACAGAGAAUGGCGCCAACAGAUGCAUUUCUACUAUAACGUAUCGUACCUAUCAGAGGGAGAGAAAUUAUUAGCCGCUGAAUUCCAUAUAUUUAAAUUAAACCCUAGACCAUCAUCAGAAGGGGAACAGAUGCCCUCUCAUGUGAUUGAGAUUAAGGUAUACCAAGUGUUGGACCCAGAAAAUAUUAAUUCCCCACAUGGAUUAAAAUUGUUGGAUGCUAAACGGACUAGUGCACAUCUUCACGGAUGGUUUGUGUUCCAAGUAAAACAUGCGGUCAAUGAAUGGAUUAACGGAUCGGCUGUAAAUUAUGGUUUUUUAGUAACAACUACUUCCCCCAGUGGAAGACAUGUCAAUGGAAGUUAUGUCCGCUUCGCUCAGCGAAAAGAGCACCACGAGAGCAAACAGCCUAUCCUUGUGGCGUACACAGACGACGGAAUGAAUCGUCACCCCAGCUACAUCUCACCUACGGAUGAGAAUUAUAUGCAAAUUAAAAAGGAUAUCUUAAAGAAACAGAGACAGAGGAUGCGACAGUUCAAAGGAAAAGAUUUUCGUCAAGCUAUCCGACUUUUGAAUGAAAAGGAGCGAGAAGAAGAUCAGCUUAAAAACAAACACUUGCAAAAGCUAUUGGGUACGACUGAACAAACCCGUCGGAGGAGGAGGAGGAGUGUUGGAGAGGACCCUGGAAGUGAUACAACAUCUAGUUCCUCUGGACUGGUAAAGAUAAAGAAAAAACUAACGAAAGAAGAAAAACGACUAAGAAAAGAAAGGAGGCGAGAAGAAAAACGCAGAAGGCGACAAAAACGAAAACGUAACAAAAAGAAAGGAAAAGACAAAAGAGCACUGGAUUAUUUCCGUCCAUAUCGACGUCAGCGGAGGAACUGUGCUCGGCACCAAAUGUACGUAGACUUUGACGAGAUUGGCUGGUCAGGGUGGAUAAUAUCUCCCAAGGGCUACAACGCCUAUCACUGCAAGGGGGCGUGUCCCUUCCCCCUAGGUCAGAGUCAAAAACCAACGAACCAUGCAACUGUUCAGAGCAUUGUUCAUGCACUUAAAGUUGGGAAGGACGUUUCUACGCCGUGCUGUGUUCCUAACAAGUUAUACUCUAUCAGUUUGCUGUAUUUUGAUGACGAUGAAAACGUUAUUUUAAAACAAUAUGAUGACAUGGUCGCUGCAAGUUGUGGGUGUCAUUGAUUCAAAACUUUAUAUUAUUGCUUAUAUUUUUUCAUGAUAAGAUAUAUUUGCUGAUGCCAACGUUGGAAUACUUGGUUAUUUCAACUUACUUGUACUCGUGAUUUUGGAUGUAACGUAAAGAAAAAGGGGCCAUAUUCUGCGCGUGUCGGCUAUUAUUUAAAGGAGUCAAUGUUUCUUGGAGAACGUCAUGAUGGAUUCUGAUGUACUUGUUUUGAGGGAUAUACUAAGUGUAUGAAUACUAAGUGUAUGGAUAAGACCCGUAUUCGUGAGUUUACAAGCCAAAUGGUGCCAGUAAACACCAUGUCAGGCGAUCACAUGACCGGUAUGUUUGGUUUUUGAAAGAUAUGUCAUGUUGUGCUCUCAUCGAACAUUUCGUUAGGGUGUAUAAAUAGGGAUGCUACUGAACGAUCUGCCAAAUUUGUAUCUGUUCCUUUGUUACACAUCCUAUACAAUAUAACUUCCUGACUAACACUGUGUUUACUGCAAUGAAGCUGACACCAACACUGGACAAUGUGAGACAAGCUUGCUGGUUGAUACGUUAUGGGCAGUGAUGUAGUAGCUAACAGACGCUCUCUAAGACGGUAUCGUCUGGGCGGUGAUGUAGUAGCUAACAGACGCUUUCUAAGACGGUGUCGUCUGGGCGGUGAUGUAGUAGCUAACAGACGGUCUCUAAGACGGUGUCGUCUGGGCGGUGAUGUAGUAGCUAACAGACGCUUUCUAAGACGGUAUCGUCUGGGCGGUGAUGUAGUAGCUAACAGACGGUCUCUAAGACGGUGUCGUCUGGGCGGUGAUGUAGUAGCAAACAGACGCUUUCUAAGACGGUGUUGUCACGGUAGCGAUAUACAUGUAGUAGCUGACCGACGCACUCUGAGACGGUGUUGUCACGGCAACGAUGUGUAGUAGUUAACAGACGCUCUCUGGAGUUCUUUUGUGAAGUAUCCCAAUAUGGCACAGACCAAAGCAUGGACCCAUACUGCAUUUGUUUGUAGGGCGUCAUGUCUUAUUUAUGUUCCUAAAUGUAUGUAUAUUUUGAUUCUUUGUAUUUAAAUAAUGUAAGGAAGAAAUGAAUGUUGAAUAGAUAUAUAUAUCUUGUGGAAUUGUUGACGAUGUAUUGAUAUGAAGAUAUGCUGUGAAGAGUAUGUGAAGUGAAGCGUGUAAAUGAAAUACCCCACUGACUAUUGAUAGAAAGAUGAUGUGAUUGGUUUUUUCACAUAGUUGUUUUAGUAUAAAACUUUCAUAGUUCUAUUUGGGACUUUGCUUCGUGUGGGAAGACGUUUCUUAUAAUACAGUGACACGGUUUGGUACUAACGAUUGAAGAUGGUGUUAUACGGGAAUUCUUCAAUCAAUGGGAAAUAGAAGAAAUAAUGUCCUAUAGGGGUAGGAACAAUGUUUGUUUAAUCGUUUGAUUUACUUAUCAUGUUUGUGAGAUUAAAGCAUGUCGUGACGUCAUCGCCUCAUCUGGAAGGUGAAGGGUCAGGCAACAGAGGGGUGUGGCUCCUACAUCAUAGAUACAUCAUCUGGUCUACGUUUACGUAGCGUUCUAAGGAACGUCUCUACAUACACAUACCCAGUCAUUGAAAUAGGACCAGAGCGAGUGUCGGAAGUAAAAUGUCUAAUACUAGUGCUACAACACGUACAAACAAAAGUGGAGCUUUACAGUAGUCACCAUUGUUAUCCUUUAAAUCCUGUAAAUACUGAACUGGGCAGGUGUUCUUAUAACAAGACAACCUUAACUUAUAAGACACCUGUUUUCUCGACACACGUUUCGUCUUUUUUGUGAAUUAAUGCGAACACAACUAUAUUGCUAAAUACAAGUGACUUUCGGUAGUCUGUAUCUUACAGGUUAUAUGGGAUAAUGCACUGGUCGACAGGAUGUUAGGUGGUAUUGUGGAAGCUAAUCCAUGAAAACAACUGUCCAAUAUUUUUUCUGUUUAUCUUAAAUAACAUGAUACUUAAAUGAAGAUUAAAUAUUUCGAAAAAAAACUGAAAACUAGUAUUUUUUUUUUUUUUUAUUCUUUUAUAGUUUUUACCACGUGCAAUUACUUUAUUGAACACUUUAACAUGUAUCUAAUUAAGUAUUGGGAGGGGUAAGUCAGUCACGUGCGAUCGAGGUAUUUGGGAUGUUAAUCUGUGAAAAAAAUACCAGAUUUGGCGAGCGCGGACAUGUGCAUAAUAACUGAGUAGAGCCGUUUUUAAACCAAUAUAUAGGUGAUCAAAUUAGACAAAGGAAUAUUAAUAAAGGAUUAUAAGGAAGCAUAGUGACGUUUUUGACGUCUAUAGAUAUUAUAUCGGUUUGACUAAGACAGGGACCUUGUUAAUCGGGACUAUGUUCCUUCAAAGUAAUGUCAGAAUAAUGGGGACUUUCAUAUCCUAUCUUUGAUAUGUUGACGAAAUAAAUCUAUGUUCAAUUCAAUUUAAUAUUUAUUGCACACUUAUCAAUACACAGUAAUUUGUUUUGUAAAUAACUGCAAUAAGUGGAUAUAAUU